AUGAAGAAAGAAAACAAUGUCACGUUGAAAGCUGGGGAGCUUCCUGGUCGAUUGACUCGUGCUCGAGCUGCUGCUUUUCGUGCAUCUGGAAAGCUUUCCCCUUUGAAGGAGUCAACACAGAGAAAUCGGAAGCAACCACCAAAAAGAGCAGUUUCUGAUAAUACAUCUCUUCAAAGUAAAAAGAGGGUUGUUCUUAAGGAUGUUACUAAUGUUUGCAGUGAAAAUGCACAAAAGGGCAAUUUCAAUUCAACUAAAAUUCAGGCUAAGAAAAGAAAGCUGGCUAAGGCUGGUCAAAUUAAUGUUUCCAAAGUGGCUUCUUCUGUUGCUGUGGAUCUACCAAAACUUCAAGUUGAAUCCAAAGCAAAGAGUUUAAAGGAAACAGAAUUAAAAUCAGAAGAUGCUAUGUACUCAAUUAACUUGGAAAACAAUGCACUUCUGCGGCUGGGUGCCAAUGAGUGUAGCAAGGAUGGUAGUCUUCCUGAAAGUCUGACGUUUGGAAUAUCUACUCAUGCUUUGAUUUCUCAGAAGAAAGGUAUGCAAACUGUUGCAGCCAAGAAAGGUAACCUUUCUGAAUUUUUGAGUGGAUUGAAAGACCCAAACAUCAUUAAUAUAGAUGAUGAUCUUGAAGAUCCUCAAUUUUGCAAGCUCUAUGCUGCUGAUAUCUAUGGAAACUUGCGUGUUGCUGAGCUAGCAAGAAGGCCGUAUGCUAAUUUUAUGGAAAAGGUGCAGCGAGAUAUCACUCAAAGCAUGCGUGGAAUACUGGUUGAUUGGCUAGUUGAGGUUUCUGAGGAAUACAAAUUGGUACCAGACACUCUUUAUCUCACUGUAUAUCUCAUUGAUUGGUUUCUCUCCAAAAAUUACAUUGAAAGACAAAAACUUCAGCUACUUGGCAUCACCUGCAUGCUAAUUGCCUCGAAGUACGAAGAAAUCAAUGCCCCUCGUAUUGAAGAUUUCUGCUUCAUCACAGACAAUACAUACACGAAAGUGGAGGUACUAAAAAUGGAGAGUCAAGUGUUAAAGUCGUCUGAAUAUCAACUGUUUGCUCCUACUACACAAACUUUCCUCAGGAGGUUUCUUCGAGCAGCACAAGCUUCAUACCAGGGUCCAAGACUUGAAUUGGAGUACCUGGCCAAUUAUCUAGCUGAACUAACACUAAUGGACUAUGGUUUCUUGAAAUUCUUACCCUCAAUAAUUGCUGCAUCAGCUGUAUUUCUUGCUAGAUGGACACUAGAUCAGUCAAACCACCCAUGGAAUCAAACUCUUCAACACUAUGCCUUUUACAAAGCAUCAGAUUUGAAAACCACAGUUCUUGCAUUGCAAGACCUACAUCUGAAUUUCAAUGGAUGCCCUCUAACUUCCAUCCGCACCAAGUACAGACAAGACAAGUUUAAAUGUGUAGCGGCUUUGUCUUCACCAAAACUGCUUGAAACUCUGUUCUGA